AUGGCCUCCAAGAAAGCUGCAGAGUCAACUCUGUACCAUUUGAGCCCAAAGGGCUUUUGGAAGAAAUUCCGCGAGGUCGUCGCCGUCAACCCAGAAAUUUCCUCCGGUCUUCCCAGCGCCUCUCUCCAUCGUUAUCCUCCCCCGGCCUCCAGACCAGAGCAGUACUCGACGCCCGCUGGCAAGGCGUCUGACCCUGCACAGAACCCGUACUGGAAACGCGAUGUCAGGCGGGCGUACCCGCAGCUCUCCGUCAUCACCCAGUCGGACCUCUCUACGCUGUUGAUUGAGCAUUCGAGUGCACCCGCUGUCGCCGCCCCUGCUGAAGGUGCGGGUGUGCCCGCCGCCAAACCUGUAGUCGAUCUUGCAGAGGCCAUUACUGCCAUUACUUCCACUGCAAAGGUCUAUUCUGAAGCCAAGCUUCCCCCUUCCCUUCCCGUUCCACAUAAACGAUGGGUGCCCAAGCUUUCCCCGCCUCCUCCCCACCCCGAGCAUACGUACUUCCCUAUGUCACUAUACCGGUAG